CCCGGCAGACUGCAGUGUGCGUGUGUGCGCCAUUUGGGGAGCGCCGUCAUGGAAACGCGGGCAGGAAAUCAGCGCUGCCAAAAUCCCCAUUCCUGGGAUACUCAUUAAAACCAUUUUUUAAUAAAAGAAGCUUUCUGCUGGAAAUAAGAGACGACUGGAGACACACUCACACACACUCUGGGAUCAUCUGUGUGUAUCAAACCUGCUGGAUUUCUCACAUCUUAUUGUUGGUGGAUCUACUUCAUUUUUGUCGGGGUUUUUUUUUUCAACCCCCGACUUGUUUUCAGGACGUUUUCGGUCAUGUCCAGAAGCUUUGUUUACUCUUAAUCAGUAUUGAUGAUGUGUUUAAAUAGCAACACGACAUGUAGACGAGGAUAAACAAAGGAGAAGACGAGAUGUUCCAGCGUUUCUGCUCAUUUCUCACAGUGUGACUGACUGCAGGACGUUCUGCGUCUCUGUUGUGCGCUUCUUUAUUAUAGGGGAUUUUAUUAUAGAAGAGAAAUAAAAAUAAAAUGAGUUUUAUUAAAACGGAUUUGUUAAGCUGAGCUCUUUUUGGAGGUCGUGGAAAUCGUUUAGAAUUCCAUCUCGUUUUUAUUUUAUCUCGUUUUGUGUGUGUUUGUAAAUGGAGAAAAUGGACAGCGAGGUAUUCACACCUCAGCUUGAGCAAUUUCUGCUCACUCCUCUGGUGGCAUGGGUGAAAACGGUGGUCCGGCCAAGCCAGAGCGACCAAAGCAGUCUUUCCCUGUACAUGGAGUUAGUGGAUGGUUGCUACCUCAACGAGGUCAUGCUGAGGAUAAAUCCCAAAGCUUCCAGCCAGAGAGUGAACACGAAAGUGAACAAUGACGCAGUGCUGCGUGUCCAGAAUCUGUCCAUCCUCAUACGCCACAUCAAAACAUACUAUCAGGAGACCCUGCAGCAGCUGGUAAUGAUGCCUUUGCCCAACGUGCUGGUGCUCGGCAGAACCCCGCUCACCGAGCAAGGCCUGGCUGAGGUGAAGAAACUGCUCCUGCUGCUGCUCGGGUGUGCUGUUCAGUGCGAGGAAAAGGAGGAGUACAUCGACAGGAUCCAGACGCUGGAUUUUGACACGAAAGCGGCCAUCGCGUCUCACAUUCAGGAGGUCACUCACGAUCAAGAGAAUGUUCUGGACAUUCAGUGGCUUGAAGGGAGCGAAUCUCCACCUGAGGACCUGGACUCGCUUUCCAGAAACCUGGCCUUCCAUCUCAGACGCCUGGUGGAUGAGAGAGAUGAGCAGCUGGAGACGAUCGUGGAGCUGACCCAGGAGAGAGACUGCGGUCAGUGUGCCCCUCCUCCUCCUCUGCCUCCCUGCACCCAGUCCCCCGGUGACUCGCCCAACAUGCGGCGCACCGAGAGCAGGCAGCACCUCAGUGUGGAGCUGGCAGACGCCAAGGCCAAGAUCCGACGCCUCCGCCAGGAGCUUGAAGAGAAAAGCGAGCAGUUACUGGACUGCAGACAGGAGCUGGAGAACCUGGAGAAGGAGCUGAAGAGGAUCCAGCAGGAGAACCAGCAGCUGCUGUCUGAGGCGCGCUCUGCGAGGGCGUACCGCGACGAGCUGGAUGCUCUGAGGGAGAAGGCCAUCCGGGUGGACAAGCUGGAGAGCGAAGUGAGCCGUUACAAAGAAAGACUCCACGACAUCGAGUUCUACAAAGCCAGAGUCGAGGAGCUGAAGGAGGACAAUCAGAUCCUGCUGGAGACCAAGACUAUGUUGGAGGACCAGCUGGAAGGUUCUAGGGCUCGUUCAGAUAAACUACACGAGCUCGAGAAGGAGAACCUGCAGUUCAAAGCCAAGAUCCAUGACAUGGAGAUGGAGCGAGACAUGGACAGGAAGCGUAUCGAGGAGCUGAUGGAGGAGAACCUGACGCUGGAGAUGGCUCAGAAACAGAGCAUGGACGAGUCUCUGCACCUCGGAUGGGAGCUGGAGCAGCUUUCCAAAACCACACCCGAGGUCACAGAGGUUCCUCAGAAGUCUCUGGGCCACGAGGUGAAUGAGCUGACAUCCAGCCGCCUCCUGAAGCUAGAGAUGGAGAACCAGGCGCUACUGAAGACGGUGGAGGAGCUGAAGGGUCGCGGUGAGGCCGAAACACGCCUCCUCAAGGCUGAAAAGGAGAACCAGAGACUCAGCCUGAAGCUGGAGCAGCUGGAGAACGAGGCGCAGUCGGACAGGGAGAGUCUGCGCGGUGCCGAGACCCUGAGCUCGGACCUGAUGAAGGAGAAAGCUCAGCUACAGAAAACCAUGGAGACUCUGAGGGAGAACCUGGAGAGACAGGUGAAGGGGCUUGAGCAGGAGAACAAGCACUUAAACCAGACCAUCAUGUCCCUCAGGCAGCGCUCUCAGGUCAGCGCUGAAGCCCGGGUCAAAGACAUAGAGAAGGAGAACCGCGUCCUACACGAGUCCAUCAAAGAGACCAGCGGCAAGCUCAACAAGCUCGAGUUCGAGCGCAAGCAGCUCCGUAAAGACAUGGAGUACUACCAGGAGAAAGCUGAGAAGACAGAAGAGCUUGAGACGGAGGUCCAGCGCAUGGAACGCGAGAACGAGGGUCUGCAAAAACGCGUGGCAAGCCUCGGGAUCACCUGCGAGAAGGUGGACGCCUUGGAAAAGGAGAACGCUGAGCUGGAGGCGGAGAGCAGAAGGUUGAAGAAGAAGAUCGAUGGGUUGAGGAACGCAGCCCUGCAGCUGGAAGCAUUAGAGAAAGAGAAUGCCCAGCUGGAGGAGGAGAACCUGGAACUGCGGCGUACAGCUGAGAGUCUGAGAUCCGCGGGAGCCAAAGCCGCUCGACUGGACCAGGAGAACCGAGAGCUGGAGAGCGAGAAGAAUCAGAUGCAAAGAAACCUGGAGCUUCUGAAAGCUUCAUCCAAGAAAACCGAACGCCUUGAACUCAGCUACCAAGGUCUGGACUCUGAGAACCAGCGGCUCCAGAAAGCUCUGGAGAAUAGCAGGCGUAAAAUCCAACAGCUGGAAGGAGAGCUCCAGGACCUGGAGAGCGAGAACCAGAGCCUUCAGAGAAACCUGGAGGAGCUGAAGAUCUCCAGCAAGCGUCUAGAGCAACUGGAAAAAGAGAACAAAGUGCUGGAGCAGGAGAGCUCACAGCUGGAGAAAGACAAGAAGCAGCUGGAGAAGGAGAACAAGCGCCUAAGGCAGCAGGCUGAAAUCAGAGACUCCAAACUAGACGAGGACGGCCAGAGGAUCUCGCAGCUGGAGAAGGAAAACCGUGCGAUGAGCAAAGAAGUCAGCACCCUGCAGGAUUCCUAUAACCGUGUCAAAGAUCUCGAGAGGGACAACAAGGAGCUGGUAAAGCAAGCCACCAUUGACAAGAAGACACUGGUCACACUCCGAGAGGAGCUGGUGAGCGAGAAACUGAAGAGUCAGCAGACGAGUAACGAUCUGGAAAAGCUGACACACGAGCUGGAGAAGAUGGGCCUGAAUAAAGAAGGGCUGCUUCAUGAUGAACAGAGCUCUGCUGCAAGGUUCAAGCUGCUCGAGUCGAAGCUGGAGUCCACGCUGAAGUCCUCUCUGGAGAUUAAAGAGGAGAAGAUCGCCGCCCUGGAGGCCAGAUUGCAGGAGUCUUCCAACCUUAACCAGCAGCUCCGACAGGAACUCAAAACAGUGAAGAAGAACUACGAGGCUCUUCGUCAGAGGGAAGAGGAGGAGCGCAUGGUGAACAGCUCGCCCUCUAGAGGAGGGGAGGACUCGCAGAGCGUCAGGAAGUGGGAAAAGGAAAGUCACGAAGCCACUCGAGAGCUGCUGAAGGUCAAAGAUCGACUCAUAGAGGUGGAGAGGAACAAUGCCACUCUUCAGGCGGAGAAGCAGGCGCUGCGUACACAGCUGAAGCAGUUGGAGACUCAGAGCAAUAACCUCCAGGCUCAGAUCCUGGCGCUGCAGAGACAAGCAGCCUCACUGCAGGAGAACAACACGGCACUACAGACUCAGAACGCUAAACUCCAGGUGGAAAACUCGACGCUGAACUCUCAGAGCGCGGCGCUCGUAGCUCAGAACACUCAGCUACAGAGUCAGCAGUGCAGCGCAGAGAGCGAGCGAGACGGCGCGGUGCGGGAACGUGAGGAGCAGCGAUCCACCUACGAGCUUCUGCUGAGGGAUUACGAGAAGCUAACGGCUCUGCACGAGCGCCAGGCGGCCGAGUACGAGGCUCUGAUCGGCAAACACGGAGGGUUGAAGAGCGCACACAAGAGCCUGGAAGUGCAGCACCGAGACCUGGAGGACAGAUACAACCAGCUGCUAAAGCAGAAGGCACAGCUGGAGGAGCUGGAGAAGGUUUUGAAGGCCGAGCAGGAGAAGAUGUUGUCGGAGAACCAGAGCCACCAGGCCACAGCGGCCGAGUAUCACAAGCUGAAGGAAGAAAACGACAAGUUGAACACGACGUACCAACAGCUGCUGAAAGAUAACGAGGGUCUGCAAGCCGACCACAAGAACCUAAAGAGCCAGCUGAACGCCGCUAAACUGGAGCAGACGCGCCUGGAGGCCGAGUUCUCCAAGCUGAAGGAACAGUACCAACAGCUGGAUAUCACCUCCACCAAACUCACCAACCAGUGUGAGUUGCUGAGUCAGCUGAAAGGGAAUCUGGAAGAAGAGAACCGUCACCUGCUGGACCAGAUCCAGACCCUGAUGCUGCAGAACCGGACCCUUCUGGAGCAGACCAUGGAGAGCAAAGACCUGUUCCACGUGGAGCAGAGACAGUACAUAGACAAACUAAACGAGCUGAGGAGACAGAAGGAGAAGUUGGAGGAGAAGAUCAUGGAUCAGUAUAAAUUCUAUGACCCCUCACCCCCCAGGAGAAGGGGCAACUGGAUCACGCUGAAGAUGAAGAAGCUGAUCAAGCCGAAGAGCCGCGAACGAAUGCGUUCCCUCACCCUCACGCCGUGCCGCUCCGAGUCCAGCGACGGCUUCCUGGCGGCUCCUCAGGACAGUCAAGACAGCUCGUCCAUGGGCUCCGGGUCACUCGAUGACCCUCUGAGUCAGAAGAGGAGCGGCAGGAGGAGAGCACAGCAUAGCAAUGUGCAAGGUUCCUCCAAUGCACUGAAAAAGCUGCCCUUUAUGAGGAACAGGUCCAAGGACAAAGACAAAGUGAAGGCCAUCUAUCGGCGCUCCAUGUCGAUGAACGAUCUGCUGCAGUCCAUGGCGUUGGCUGGUGCUGGUCAGUGGAGCGGAAGUACGGAUCACCUGGAGGCCCCUGAGGACCCGGUGUGUGCGGGUGGGAGCCAGAGAAUGAAGGAGCUGGCGUACUCCACAACGGCCAUCGACUACACCACCCUCAGCAACAAGCACAAGCUCAAGAACAAAGAUAACGUCUCCUGCGAGGACGUCACUCCAACCUCUUCAGACGAGCAGAGUGGCGUUCGAAGCCAAGGUGCGCUGAACGGCAGCGUGAGCCGACCUCAGAGCGAGAGCAGUGGGGAGUUCAGCCUCAGUCUGGACGCAGAGGUUUGGUCAAGCGAAAGCAGCCCGGUGCAGAGGUCAGGGCAACACAGCCAGAGGAGGAGGAGGAGCAGCUCUCACGCCAACGAGUCUGGCAGCCAGGACAACAUGAGCGCAGAAUCUCCACGUCUAACCAGAGCGUCUGAUCCUGUGCAGAAGGAGCGCACAAAGGGGCGGGGAAUCCUGCGGUCUGCCAGCGGAAAGGCCACGCCCACCGAGCCCAAAGCAGGCCGGCCGAGCCUGCGUAAGGCCGAGAGCACUCGGGUGAAAGGCCCCAGUCAGCCCAGGUUAGGCCUGAGUGCUCAGGCAAAAGCAACAUCUGUGUGCGAGCGCCUGGACGCCUCGUCCUCUUCCUCCGGUCUUCCUCGUGCCAGCAGUGUCAUCUCCACAGCCGAGGGCAGCACGCGCCGCUCCAGCGUCCACGACAUGCUGGCCAAGGACGCACGCGAGCCUGUCUCUGUGGAUCCGUCGCCGUCGAAGAGUCAGGCCGCAUCCAAUGUGGAAACAUUGCACCAGCGCAGGAAAUCCAAAAGCCGAUCUGGAGAACAGCAAAGCUCUUAAAGUGUUAGCGUUUCCCGAGCCGGAGGGGGUGAGUGUCCGGGUGCAGGACGUGGGGGGAGGGGACGAGGGCAAACGGAGCAGAUGUCCGAGCAGCAGGCUCAGGGGUUGACGAUGGAUCCUGGUCUGCAUGGUUCACUGAGUGUGGUGCUUUCGUUCUCGCUCACAUUCCCUGGGUUUUUAUUGUUCCUCCAUCUCGCUGUUUCACUGCUGCAUGCUGGGGCUCGAAGCUCCUGGUGAAAACAUCUCGUCACCUCUUGGAUUUCUUCUGAGCUUCUCUCUCUUCGUCGCUUCCUCACACAGAACUUUACACUUUAGCUUUUUUUAAAAGGAGAUCCACAUCGUUGCUUCUGUAUUAAAACAAAUCGUGUUUUUCCUUGAAUCAAGGAAAUGCGAGCGGGUCGAAGUGUUGCUCCUUUUUUUUUUUUUCUUCAUCUUCGAAUUAAUGCGUGACUCUCAAUCAUCUGCUGGUGGACUUUUCUUUGUCCAGACUCCCAUCACAUCGCGCAUGCUCCAAAAUCCAACAACAUCCUGCUUCCCGACUCACCCGCGUGGAACAAAGUGGACGAGAGAAAUUCAAAGCACAAGCAUCGAAGUUUGUCUGUGUGUCCGUGUGUGUGUGCGCGCACGUGUAGGACUACUGACGCCACUCAGACCUGCCAUUGACUUUCCUUUACAAACUUUUACAUAAAUGCAUUUGAUGUUAGAAAACAAACCUGUGUGUGUGUGUGUUCCUUCACGCCGCCGGUCAGACACACGUUCACACCUUUUACUCACAAACCGAUGACUGUAAACGUUCAAAAUACACAAAUACAUCUGUACCUUCAUUUGCCUCAUUGCUAGCUUUACAUUUGUUUUUUAUACUUCUACGUGAUUUAAGACAGGAAAGUGUUCUCAUUUUAAUUAAAAAUAUCGACUUCGUAUCAUAAACGACAAACGGUGCAUUCUUCCUCCUUCACAAACACUUUCAUUCGUCUUCCAUUUCAUUUCUGUCCUAGAGCAGCAUCUUUUAUUCCUCUUACGCGACAAGCCGCUUUCCAACGAUUACAAUUUUAUUACGAUUUUUAUAUCCGUGUUUUUUUUUUUGUUUGUUUUUUUUAUCUUAAUCCAUUUAUGAUUACGAAUAACAUCACGGAAAGCCACAAAACUGGAUAUAACUCUAUAGCAGCAAUAAACGGUUCAACGGAUCCGUUUUUUUUUCUUUUAGUUAUUAAGACAAAAGAAAACGUGGCUUUUUGUUUCAAAGCUCCGUCUUUUUGUGUUUAUUAAAAGUACAAAGAUACAGAAGAAAAAAAAACUUUAUCCUUAUAUUUUAGUAAAAACAUUCAAAAUUGGGAUUUUCAUUCAACUUUAUAACUUUCUGCUGAGUAAAUGUGUUUUAUCUGUAUAAAAAGUCCCGCCCACCUGUUUUGAUUGACAGGUCAAUCUAUCUCUGCAGAUUCGAUGGGUCGCUGCUGUCCGGCGACGGAAAACUGAAUAAAACUUAGCAGAUUUUGUGUUUAAGGGAAACUUUGUGCUAAAAGUAUUUAAUAGGUUAGAAAGUUGCGUGUCGAUUUCACGCGGAUGAUGAAGCGUUUUACUUUCUGCACUUUAUCAUCUUUGUUAAACACUGAAACAUGAACACGCUCACGUCUAAAGCCAGUGUAAGAAAUUAAAAGAUUUUAUUAUUGUCCUUUUUAAUAAUAAUAAUAAUAAUAAUAAUAAUAAUAAUAAACCUUUGCUUUAAAUCUUUGCCCCCUGGUCAGGAAAUAAUGGUGAAGAGUUUCAAAGUGUUGUGUUUUUUAUUGAUGUCUCACUGCUGAACUGUUAUUUGUACAAUAAAAACAUCCUGGACAUGUUUCCUGUCAUUGACCUACAA